UCGUUUUUCUUCUAAUUAUCUGUAAAUAAUUAACAGAUUUUUUCCUAAUUGUGCCAGAAUGGAUUGUCAAUUUCGAUUCGGUUAAUUUGGAACAUUUAGUUCCAUAUAAUUAGCUUUUCUUUUCACUAAAAUAUAUUGUGAUAUUUAUCAAAUCAUCAUAUUUCUAUCCUAAUCUGACCAAUUAAUUUGACAAAUGGCUAAAUUUAUUGUACACGAUUCUAAUGGCCUACAUGUUUGGUCGACAGGUGGUCCAAAUGAAACGGUUGAAUUAUUGAAGACUUUAGAUAAUGGUGAUCAAAAACCAUUGAAUGUAUUGCCAUCACCGGAUUGUAAAUAUUUGGCUAUCAUAUUCAAAGAUCGUGUAUGUGUUUUUACACAUGAUCAACUUGAUAAACCAAUAUUGGAAUUAAUGAAUGAAAAUGUUAAACAUGCAGAAUUCUCACCCAAAUCGUCAAUGAUUAUGUUGUUUACUCCAUUCGCUCAACAGAAUCCAUCGCCUAAUUUAAAAGUAUUUGAUCUGACAAAAAAUGGUCAAUUAAUUCAUGAAUGGACAAUCAAAAAGCGUGAACUACUUCAAUGGUCAACCGAUGAAUCCAUCGCCCAUCGCCUUUGUGGAUCGGAAAUUCUAUUCUUCGAAAAUAAUGAUUUCAGUCAUUGUGUGCAAAAAAUUUCACAACCAAAAUUGACUACAUAUGGCUUUGUAACGGACAAAGCAGGCUGCAGUUAUGUUGCCAUUUACAUAAAAGGCCAAAAAGGUUCACCAAGUAUGAUACGAAUACAUGGUUAUCCGCAUAUAGAUAAUGUUAUUGUUUCGAAAAGUUUCUACAAAGUCGAUACAGUAGAUAUUAAAUGGAAUUCGAAAGGCGAUGCAAUUUUGGCCAUGACUUCAACCGAUUAUGAUUCAAGUGGUCAAAGUUAUUAUGGGGAAACUAUGCUACAUUUUAUGGAUCUUCGUGGUGAAACAUCGACCAUUGUUGGUAAAAAAGAGGGUGCUGUUUCAGCUGCUGAAUGGUUACCUAAUAAUGAUGGAUUCAUUGUCAUUCAGGGUAAAAUGCCUGCUCUGGUUACUUGGUAUUCUAAUCGUGCUGAACCAAUGUUUUCAUUCGGUGAAUUACCCGUCAACGGUAUUCUUGUAAAUCCAUUUGGUACAUUAUUGGCUCUUACUGGUUUCGGAAAUCUUUCUGGAAAUGUUUAUGUUUGGAAUAUAAAAGCACGAUCAUUGAUUUCAAAUUUCAAAGCUGUUGAUACAACUUGUUAUAGUUGGCUAGCCGAUGGUCUUCAUAUGAUAACUGCCACUCAUUAUGAUCGAUUAAAAGUAGCAAAUGGUUUCAAAGUUUGGAAUCAUCUUGGUUCACAGAUCCAUCAACAAGAUGGUUCUGAUGAAAGCAAAAUUCAACUUCAUCGAAUUUUCCCAUUCGAUCCUGUUGGCCGAUUUGAGGAACCUAAACUGCAAGCAGGUGUCAAGGGUAAAAUUCUCUGUGAAGAACCAGUCCAUAAAUAUGUUCCACCAAGUUUGCGAAACAAACAAUCCGAACCCUCAAAAUUAAGCAAGCCACCACCACCAAAACCAUCGAUUAAAUCGUUGAAUAGACAAUCACAACCGGUAGCAGCUAAAGAUCCACAAGCGAUAAAGGAAAAAAAAUUGAAGAAUUUGCAAAGAAAAUUGCAACAGAUUGAACAAUUGAAAAAAAUACAAGAAGAAGGCAAACAGCUUGAAAAGAAUCAGCUAAGUAAAAUCGAAAAAUUAGAUGAUAUAAUCAAAGAAAUUGAAAUGUUAAAAAUGGAAGCAUAACAAUAAAUUGUUUUUAAUUGUUUAUUCAUUUGCAAAGGGAACAAACAAACCAAUGAAUUAAUA